CCCACUCAGCACAGUGUGGUUCAGGAACCUGCCACAGAGUCCACUUCACAAGGUUUACGUCACGUAGAACGAUGUGAUCCACCGUCAUCAGCGCUGAAGCUGCAUCUCGUUUCGACGGCAACGCGCUCCGAGCAUUGUCUCUGACUGCGUUCCGUUAUCGCGAACAGGGAUGCAACUUCUGGUGGUCCCUCCGAGUUGCGGCGCUAGAACAUCCGUACGUCCACCAGCACCACAGCCCUGCGCACCGUGGCAGAUUGACUCGUAUAAAGCUUUCCUUCGCAGAGAAAGAUCAGUCAUGAAUAUUACCCCGCAGGCGAAGCGCUCUAGUACACCAUGGGGGCGUUCCCUAUUCCACAGGCACAGCUGGCCGCGCUGUUCAUGCAGAGCAUAGCGUACGGCAUCCAUGUCGUGACGUUCGCUAUCUGUAUGUACACUUGGUUCAACCAGUCGAACAACUUCUGGACUUCAGCGUCCCGGAUAUGGUUGUCGAUCGCCAUCGGGCUUUUCGUCAUCGGCACAUGCGACGUCGCUUUCAACUUUUACCACAAUCUCAUGGCAUUCAUCACGGCGCCCAUAGGGAUGAGUCCGACUGAAGUCUUCGAUCAAGCAUCCAAUUGGGUCAAAUGUCAUGCGCGUAAGUACUGCCUUUGUUUGUUCCGUGGCAAACGAGCAAUGAUGUUGAUUCUCCAGAGCGUGUGGUUCUACAUGAAUGCUGCUCUCUCUGACGCGGCCUUGAUUUAUCGCUGCUGGAAGGUUUACCAUGACGCCAAGCCUUACCACCGCGCAAUAGUGGUCAUCGUACCCACAAUACUUUGGGCAGCGUGCAUAUCCUUCGCCUCCAUGAUCAUAUACUACCUCAGCACCGUGGACGCCUCCACUACAAUACCUAUGAUCCCGCAACUCCAGCCAUUCUUGUAUUCAUUCUAUGUGACGACGGUUGUGCUGAAUCUCUUCACAACCGGCCUCAUUAUCUCAAAAUGUUGGGAGCGUCAUCAAGAUAACUCAGGUGAUACCUACCUGCCGACUCGCAAGCGGCUGAACUUCGCUGAUAUCAUCCGGAUCACGGUCGAAUCUGCGCUUCUGUACACCACGACAGUCGUAUUCUGCGUCGUGUUGGACCUCGCUAGGACCAACGCAUACUACGGUAUCACGGACAUCAGCCUCGAGGCCGCCGGCAUAUCUUUCGACUUGAUGAUCAUACGUAUCUGGACCGGAGCGUCGACUGAGCUGACCAACUUGAAGUUCAGCGGUGCAGGCCGGCGGGUGUGGUUGUCGGCACAGUAA